UGGAGAGGCCCCCGCGCGGAGCCGGUGCCCGCGGAGCCCCUCCGCUCGAGUCUUUCGCACUGCGAGCUCGAGCUCUCCAAGUACCGAAUGCUUUCCUCGCGUGCGUGCCCCCAGAGUCGAUCGGAGAGCCCUGCAUGGGCUGCUGCUGUUGAGAGAUUGGCCGUGACCCCACGUCGGGUUGCUAUGGAGCCGGUGCGUUCAUGUUACUGAAAAUGGUCUGCGUGCGGAAUGCGAGGGCGAGGUCUGUGGGGAGUGUUCCGGCAGCGACUGAGACGUCUAGGUUUUGGUGCAAAUGAAUACCUUAUUUCUCAACAACAUCUUCAGAUCAGAGCCAUGUCGGGAGAUCUAGCGGUUGUCGCGAAGGACAAGGAAGCUAGUUCCAAAGGCACCAUGCAGACGCAAAUUACCACUGAUCCCCCACGGGGAACCAGAGAUUUUCCUCCUGAGGACAUGCGCAUGCGAACAUGGCUCUUCGAUAAAUUUAGAGAGGUGUCUAGGUUGUUUGCAUUUGAGGAAGUUGACUUUCCGAUGGUGGAAUCGGAGGACCUUUACACCCGUAAAGCUGGCGAAGAGAUCGUUGGACAGCUCUAUAAUUUUGAGGACAAAGGUGGUAGAAAGGUUGCCCUUCGACCCGAGCUCACACCCUCUUUGGCUCGCCUUGUUCUGCAGAAAGGGAGAGCUCAGUCCUUCCCUUUGAAGUGGUUUGCUAUUGGUCAGUGCUGGCGGUAUGAGCGUAUGACUCGAGGCCGUCGUAGGGAGCACUACCAGUGGAAUAUGGACAUCAUUGGCGUUCCCGGAGUUGAGGCUGAAGCUGAACUCUUAUCAGCCAUCGUGACGUUUUUCACUAAACUCAACAUUACGUCUGAUGACGUUGGGAUCAAAGUUUCAAACCGAAAGGUCCUCCAAGCAGUGCUUGAGAAGUAUGACAUCCAGCCUGAUUCCUUUGCAGCAGUGUGUGUAAUCGUUGAUAAGUUGGAUAAGUUACCGAGGGAGGAAAUCGAGAGUGAGCUGGACAAGGCUGGCGUUCCUUCCGUGGCCAUUGAGGGAAUCUUGCAAGCUCUCACUCUUCAAUCUUUUGAUGAUCUUGAAGCUUUAAUAGGAGCAGAGAGUGGUGCAGUUGCAGAAUUGAAACAACUCUUCGCCUUGGCAGAGGGUUAUGGUAUCCAGGAUUGGCUAAGGUUUGAUGCCUCAGUCGUUAGAGGCCUGGCAUACUACACUGGGACUGUGUUUGAGGCUUUUGAUAAGGAAAAGAAACUGCGAGCCAUUUGUGGGGGUGGUCGUUAUGACAGGCUGCUCUCCACUUAUGGAGGCCAAGACACGCCUGCUUGUGGAUUUGGUUUUGGUGAUGCUGUUAUUGUUGAGCUUCUGAAGGAGAAAAAGUUGCUGCGUGCCUUCCCUCACGAGGUGGACGAUGUCGUGAUGGCUUUGGAUGAUUCAUUAAAGAUUCCUGCAGCAGGAAUCGCUAGUCGCUUGCGCAGUACUGGCCGGGUUGUGGAGCUUGUUAUUGAGAAGGGCAAGAAAAUGAAAUGGGUGUUCAAGCACUGCGAGACGUUGAAAGCUAAGCGCCUCGUACUACUUGGUACCACUGAAUGGAAGGAGGGGAAAGUACUCGUUAAGGACUUGAAUUUACGGGAACAGACUGUUAAGACUGUGGAUGAGCUUAUCGCAAGUUCAUAGCCGUCUUGCGUAGAUGUGUACACUAUCAGACGGCUCGUACAUUCUUUGAGAGGCUCGUUCCUCAGUUCUUAUCUUAUGUCUGAGAAGUAAUUCAUGAAUUACAGUAUUCAUCUUACGUUCCACACUGAAAAAGUUUCCAUUUUUGUGCAA